AUUGCAUUGGUUGGCCAAGAACCAGUGCUAUAUGCUAGAUCAAUAGAGGAGAACAUAGCGUAUGGCAUGGAAGAUAUUGGAAUAGAGAAGGUACACCAUGCUGCUAAACUGGCCAAUGCUCAUAACUUUAUCAUGGACCUCAAAGAGCAAUAUAAGGCAGAAACAGGCGAAAAAGGGGCACAGCUUUCAGGGGGUCAGAAGCAAAGAGUGGCAAUAGCCAGAGCUUUAAUCCGUAAUCCAGUCAUUCUUCUCUUAGACGAGGCCACUAGUGCUCUAGACUCAGAUUCAGAACAUAUAGUACAACAAGCUAUAUAUAACAA